UUCUGUUAACGCGAGUGCGCUACAGAGAGAAUCAAGUCAUUCAGUUUCAGGUCUUGUGACAUAGAUCUUCAUUGUUAUCGAAAGGAUAACUUGUCUUGAUGUGUACAUAGUAACAAUACAACGUCACGUGUUGGUUGCUCACGUGCUGGUAGCCACGCCCAUCGCUCAAUUCACACGGCACAGAUCUUGGAUGUACUGAACGUUUAAGGAUCUGACAGUCAGUCGAAGACAAAACAAGGAAGUAGGCUACGAUUACGAAACAGUUCCAAAACAUUCCGAAGCAUCAUCUUUACUGAGAAGAUCUUCCAAAAUAUGGACGUCAGCUUUGCUUGUUAGGCCUUGCUCUUUUGGUGUCAAAUUCUGCAUCAAAUGAUUCCAAGGAGCUUGAACUUCAUCCAUCUGUAUCAGAACCAAAGAAUAUGUUGGUCAGACAAUUCUUGUCUUUUCAAGGUACCAGAGCAUUACUUCUCUUGUGUCAUUUCUUCUACAGAGCCAUGGCUGGAAGUGGAACUGGACUGAAGUCCCCGGACCUGGUGAAGCAGGUCGCUACUGCCAAUUCCCAGUUUGGUCUGGACCUGUACAAGAAGGUUGCCUCCGACCUGAAGGACUCCAAUGUGUUUCUGUCUCCCUUCAGCAUCUCGGCAGCUCUGGCCAUGACCCAGCUCGGGGCUCGAGGCGACACUGCAGCUCAGAUGAACCAGGUCCUGAAGUGGACCGACCUCCAGGACUCCGUACAUCCAGGGUUUGAAGACUAUCUGGGUCUUCUGAAGACACAGGGAGACUAUGUACUUACAACAGCCAACCGCUUGUUUGUCAAUGAUAAGAGCAAGAUUCUUGAUGAAUUUCUGCAGAAGACAGAUAAGCAUUAUGGUGCUCAGGCUGUCCUGUCUGACUUUGUGGGCAAUGGUGCUGGAGAGGCUCAGAAGAUUAACCAAUGGGUGGAAUCGGAGACCAAUGGCAAGAUCAAGGAUCUGAUUACCGGAGGAAUCGAUCCAUUGACAGCAAUGAUACUUAUUAAUGCCAUAUACUUCAAGGGCAACUGGGCACAGAAAUUUGAUCCCACAAAGACCAAGAAGGACACAUUUAAGGUGAAACCUGGAGAAACAAUCCAGGUUGAUAUGAUGCGGAUGAGCAAAAAGUUCAACUUCGGCUAUAACGAAGAGCUGAACUGCUCUGUAUUGGAACUGCCCUAUGUAAAGGAGGAACUUAGCAUGUUCUUCUUGUUGCCUUUCAAAGAUGAUGGUUUGGCAGAACUGGAAGACAAGUUGAAUCAUGAAUCUUUGACACAAGCCUUGAAAAAUGUUCAUAAAGUGACUGUGGACAUAUCCAUGCCAAGAUUUGUGUUGGAAUCAAGCUUUGAGCUGAACAACGUCCUGAAGUCUCUAGGAAUGUCUGAUGCUUUUGACGAGCAAAAGGCUGAUCUGUCUGGAAUCGAUGGAACCCGUCUCCUGUACAUCUCUCAGGUGGUCCACAAGGCCUUCCUGGAAGUCAACGAGGAGGGAAGUGAGGCUGCCGCAGCCACGGCUGUUAGGAUUAUGACAAGAUCCCUCCCUAUAAUCGAGCCAUUCAAGGCUGAUCAUCCCUUCCUGUUCCUCAUCCGCGACACUAGAGCUGAUGUUGUGCUGUUCAUGGGAAGACUUGUUCGUCCUCCCACAACAGGAUCAGCUGGAGGUUCAAAGAAAACUGAACUUUAGAGCUGUUGUUAUGUUUCUGUAUUUUUGGGUCUACUGUACUAUGUGUUGUGCCUUCUCUAUCAUUUAAUUGCAAUAUACUGUAAACAGUUUGUGAAAGUAUGAAUGAAACUCCUGAUGGUUUCCAGUAGGCUAGUGUUCGUGUUUAUUCUUUCUCAAAAUGAAGACAAGUAGCUUCAGGUUUUAUAGUUUUUACUUCAACACUUGAUUUAUUGAUUGUCAACCUGUAAUUUCACAAAUGUGGAACAAUAAUAAGAAUUCGAGAACAGUUUCCUUUGUUCAGUUUUUGUUUAGAAAAAACACUUUUUCACUUCAUUUUUACUUGGGUAUGAUUGGUAAAAGUGGCCCAACAACCAAAAGGGAUUUUCAAAAUUUAUAAAUGUCCUGAAUACCUUUAGACAUUAGAUUUCCUUGAAUUUCUUCAUGGUGACUGACAUUUCAGUCAGUGCCAUUUUUUCGUUGGCUUCAUGCAUCUUCCCGUGUGCGACCAUAGAAUUUGCCAGGUCGUCGUUGGAGGCUCAACGGAGGUAGAAUGGUUGCCUAGGUCGUUCCAAGGUGGUACACAGGAGGUUCAGACAUCGUGAUGGACGCCAUAGUCGCCAUGAAGUUUUGAACAUGUUCAAAACAGUCGCACAAAGGUCGCCAAGGAGGUUGGUUGCUCAAAGGUGGCUCAAAGGAGGCAGAAGGGAAGCCCAAGCAUUGCCGUUGUUGCAGAAUGAAGGCACGGUGGUCGCCCAAUGAUCGCCAGGUAAUAGAUGCGUUCUGCUGAAAUAUUGUCUCGUAAAUCUGGGCGAUGCUUCUGCCUCCCUUGUGCCUCCUUUUGGCGUGCAUUGAACGAUGAGUAUGGCGAUCGCAGUGCCUCCAUUCGGCGACCACGGCAACCCUUGAGACACCAUGGUAAUGCUUCUGUCUCUUUUCUGCCUCCUUUGAGCUACCUGUAGUGCCUCUUCAGUCUGCCUAUAACUAGAGGGUUUGUACCUACAGUGUUUCAUUGUGGUUGCAGACGCUGAACAACUCGAGCAGUUACUGCUGAACAACUGCUGGAGCAGUUACAUAGAAACAUGAUUUUCUGGGUUUAGGCGACCAUUGAGUGUCCUGGCCAGUUUUUGAUCGCUCAAAGGUGGCACAAAGGUUGCAGCACUGUGUAAUGGGGGCUUUAGGGUAUUCAAAUAUAUUCUGAAAAAUAGAAUCCUAAUACAAUUUUUGGAACAGAUCCUUAGGGACGAUUUAUGCAUCAGCAUAACAUUAUAUGGUUUCACAUGAAAUUCCGACAUCUCAACUCCAAUUGUUUUUGUAUGAUAUCUCUUUCAUCUGUUUGGUUGACAUUUAAUUUGUCAUUUGACAUAUAUUUUGUUUGUAAACAGCGAUCUGCUGGCGUAAACUUCGGAAAAUACAAGGCAGAAGGUGGAACAAAAACACAAACUGCCAUGACUACUGUCAUCAAUAACAAAUACAAAAUUGACUAUUCUAGCAUGGGAACCAUUUUUUAUUACUUUUAUUAAAUUGCCUUGCUCGAAAGUGCUUUAAAAAAACCCGUAGAAUAUACUUUUUUUUUCGUUUCUGUGUUGGAUCUGUCCUUAAAAAUAUCACAGGUCGGGCGGGAGAGGUGUUUGUUAAAAAUGUAAAUGUUCUAUUUAAUCAAAAUUAGUCUUGUUCACUAUCUUUUCUCAUACAAAAACUAUUUAAAAGAAAUGAUAAAUAAAAACUUCAAUUGGUGUUGACAGAUCUGGAUUGGUCAGUCUGGUUUGGACGUUGACAGAUGCCACUUUUAUCAUGUUUAUCAUAGCCAUCAGGACACCUUAGCCUAUGUCGUAUAUCUGAUCAGUGCAUUUAUAGUUAUGUAAGGUUUGUAUUUGUACAUUUGUUGCUGUUGGUGGUGGAUAAUGAGUACAUAUUUGUUUUGCUGUCAGACCAGACCAAUAUGUUUGCCUGUUUUACAGAUAUGACAAUAGGGCUGGGACGGGUAACUCGGGUACCCGGGUCGGGUGGGUACUGAGUAGGACCCGAGUACCACAGCACUACCCGGACCCGUGGUUAGUCAUGUGAUAUAUUGUGUAAUGACAAAAAUUAUC